AUGAAGCUCACCGCUCUGCUCUUCUCCGGUGGCCUCGCCGCCGCCGCGCUCGAGUGCCGCCCCGAGGGCCCCGUACUGCCCAAGCCCGUACGUCUCGGCGACGCCGCCGCCUUUCGCCAUGCCGCCGUCGACCUCUCGCGCGUCCUCGACGGCAUGGUCUCCGGCGCCAUCUCCCUGCCGGGCACGGCAGCGGCCAACCUAUCCUUUUCCGUGGCCGUCGUCUCCGCGGACCAACCCGACAGCGACCCCCCGCUCUGGCAGCACCACCACCGCGCCGAGACCAACGUCGCCGGCACGGAGCACGUCGACGCUGACUCGCAGUACCUCAUCGGCAGCAUCUCCAAGGUUAUCACCGACUUCAUCUUGCUGAGGGCCGGCCUCGACCUUGACGUGCCGGUCACGACGUACCUCCCACUGCUGAGCGGGAGCGCGCACUGGGACGCCGUCACGCUCCGGAUGCUGGCCUCGCAGACGGCCGGCGUGCCGACCAACUACGGCUUCUCCGACUUUUACUUCCUCAAAGACGUCUACAUCGCCCUCGGGUUCCCACCCAUCGAUGAGUCUGAAUAUCCUCCGUGUGGUGUCAUCGGCCUCAACGACGGCUGCACAGCCCAGCAACUGCAACUCGGCCUGCGCGAUUCGUACCCCGUUGUGCCACCCGGUGCUCGCCCGGCCUACUCCAACGCCGCGUUUGCCGUGAUCGCCCUGGCCGUCGAGGCGCACACCGGCCUCAACUACACCGAGCUGGUGCGCGACUUCGUCUCCAAGCCCCUCGGUCUCAAAUCCACGCAUCCCUCACCUGGAGACUCCAGCAAGGCCGUCAUCCCACCUGGCGAUAGUGGCUGGGGCGCCGACUACGGCGUCAACGCGCCUCAAGGCGGUCUCAUCUCCUCCGCCAGCGACCUGUCCAAGUUCGCCCACGCUCUACUGACUCACACCGCGGUCCUGUCUCCAGCGCAGACGCGUCAGUGGCUCAAGCCCGCUUCCUUCGCUGGCAACAUGGCUUCGGCCGUCGGCAUGCCCUGGGAGAUUCGCCGAUACCCGCGCCUGACGCCCAACCACCCGCAUCCGGUCGCCGUCUAUGCCAAGGGUGGCACCGCCCCGCUGUACCGCAGUCAGCUGGCCCUCGUCGACGACUAUGGCCUUGGGAUUGUUGUGCUCACCGCCGGCAACAUGGACGCACUCCCGUACAUCUACGACGCAGUCGUGUCGGUGCUGGUCAGCGCGGCGGACACCGUGACGCGAGAGUACGCCGAGGCCGAGUAUGCGAUGGAGUUUGCCAGCAUCGGUAGCCUGCCCUCUAACGAUACCGUCCGAGCGCGAUUCACGCUUGACCAGGACUCGCUCGUGCUUUCUUUGCUGUCAAGGGGGGCGGCUGACAUCUUAGCGGGCUGGACGCGAGUCUUCAACGAGUCUCUGGGUAUGUUUGGGCCCAAGAUCUCGAGAACGGUGCGACUGUUCCCGACAGAGCUGAGCGAAGACACCAUUGUGGACGGCGAGCUCGUCGUCAAGGAGGUUUGGCGCCUGUGGCCGGACCUUGCCGCACCGCCCGCCGUGGACAUACCAGGAGCCUGGCUAGACGAGGACGACUGUUUGGGUUGGAUGCUGGGUGACUGGAUCCAUUACGGCGGCGAGCCGCUAGACCGCGUCUUGUUUUACCGCCAAGGAACCAAGGUUACGGCUUUUGAGGUGCCGUUCCUCCGCUCGGGUAUCAUGAAGGUAGCCUGA